GAUUCAUCGAUUCGAUCUCUCACACAACAACAACCAUCAUACAGUGCCACCAUCAUCCUUCUUGAACCUGGAAGCACUCAUACCUCUGUUCUUCCGACUCGCCCAUAAUAAGACUCUACACCGACUUGAAGCUAUGUGUCGUCGCGUCCAGCGCCUCUACCUCCCAAUCAAGUUCACCCCUCUCUAAGUCGCCACAUCACCCGCAUUCUGAGAGCACCGCCUCUCUCCUGCGUUGCAUAUGCCAUACGACGAAGAUCCCCUUUCAUGGGAUCUCGAGCAUGCUAUAAGCCUUCUCAAGAGCCUGUCGCUCCAGAAAUAUGAUGCCACAUCUGCACCACAGCUAGUCGCUCAUUCGGACGAGGACACCAGCAACUAUGACUCGACCGGUCAAUCCCUUGGAGACUUUUCCAGCCUCUGGGACUUCCUGGGCCGCCCACAUACAACGAAUGACUCGCUCGCAGACAUUGUCAAGUACGAAGUCAACGAUGACACCGUGGCCGAAGUCGACCUCAACCAGCUGAACAAAGGUGUCCGCUGGCGGGACGAGGUGGAUGGCGCGGAUCUGGAAGACAAUGUCGAGCCAGUACCAAUUACAGCAGCGUAUCUGCGUAACAAGAAACGUGCAGAACGCAGAGCAAGAGCAAAGGAGCGUGCAGACAAGCUUGUCAUACAACAAAAAUCUACAUCAGACACCACAGAUAUCGAGUCAGGCGAGGAACUCGAAUCCCUCCGCAGAUCUCCUGACCGCAGAGCUGUCAUCGACGACAUUCUCGGUCGUAGCAGACCAUCUCUGCGCGACACUAACUCUCCACCGACAUCACCUUCACCACCCAAAGCCGAACUAAGAACACCGAAGCGGGACAAUUGGCCCGUCUCAAAUCCCUUCCUCUGGUCAGCUCCGGGCGUCCCAUCGCCCUCAAAGCGGCCAACUGUCGAACCGCGUGAUGGUUUGACACCACGACAACGCAAACAAAAGCUCAUCACCGAGCUAAUGCGCCAAUUUCCAGAAGAGAAGAAAUAUCUCAAGAACGCAGGGCUCCUCGAGCCCGCCUUCACCCCACUCAACAUAUCCAACAUCGGAGUCCACGUCUUUGUCGACGUUUCCAACAUCUCAAUCGGCUUUCACGACUGCUUGAAAAUAGCACGCGGCAUGCCUCGCGAGACACGCCUCAAGCGUGUUCCAUUAUCCUUCCACAAUUUCUCGCUUGUACUUGAACGAGGCCGGCCGGCUGCUAAACGCGUGCUGGUCGGUUCGGACAAGUACCCGGCUAUCCAGCAGGCCAAGGGACUUGGCUACGAGACCAACAUUCUUGAGCGCGUGCACAAGGCCAAAGACCUGACGCCGCGUCAGAAGAAGUAUCGGUCUGGCGGGGAGACGAGCGGAUCUGAAACGACUGCUUUCACUCCCCACGCUGCGACGGAGAAAUGGGUCGAACAGGCCGUGGACGAAAUUCUGCACCUCAAGAUCCUCGAGUCGCUGGUCGAUGCUGAGAAGCCGAGUACCAUCGUACUCGCGACCGGCGACGCCGCUGAGGCGGAGUACUCGGGUGGCUUCUUGCGAAUGGUCGAACGCGCCCUCGAAAAAGGAUGGAGCGUCGAGCUGGUUAGUUUCAGGCUGAAUACUAGCAGCCUUUAUAAGAGGAAGGAGUUUCGGGCUAAAUGGGGGCCUAUGUUCAAAUUGGUCGAGUUGGACCCUUGGGUUGAGUUUUUGAUUGAUGAGGACGACGAGUGAGCCAUGAUGGGCCCACAAACACAGAGCACGCCAUGAUAAGUGUCCACUGAAGGAUGAAUGGGAGUUCUGGUCGGUCUGAAGCGAAGCGACACGUUACUAACAUGAACAGCUGUUUGGGAACAGCUGUUUGGAUGGAAGACGAGAUGUAUAGCUUGGGGACUUUCAGCGUAAGAAUUCGGCACGGGCAUGAAGCCUGGCUCGGCGACCAGCCUACAUGACUUAUUGUCAGUAUAGCGAGGUCCAUGAGUUUCUAGCUUUUUAUACUGU